AUUUUGUUCUUCACCAGAAUCAGCCUAUAUUUAUGAGGGUUUGGGGUGAAAGGAAAGAGAAAAACACAUAGAAGAAAUAGUUGCCAAUGCCCCUUUUGAUUGCUUUACUUUUUGAGGUUUAGAGCCAUGGCCGACGAUCUGUGUUUCUUCUUCAGCAAGGAUUCUUUCAUCCUAAAGUUGCCAAAGAAGUCUCCGUUGGUGUUGAGGAUGGUUGUAUUGUUGUUUGUAAUGGUUUGUGGUGUGUAUAUAUGCUCAAUUUGUUUGAAGCAAAUUAGCACCAGCAGGACGUCUGAGUUUUUGAACAUUGGAGUGAUCCAAAAGCCGUGUCCAGAACCUAAUAUCGAGCCGUGGGAAAUUCCUUACGUGCACCAUCCGAACCCCAAAACUUUUAGCAGGGCUGAGUGUGCGUGCAAUCCUGUCCGAUAUUUUGCCAUUAUGUCUAUGCAGAGAUCUGGGAGUGGAUGGUUUGAAACGUUAUUAAACAAUCAUACUAACAUAAGCUCGAAUGGGGAGAUAUUCUCGGUCAAAGUUAGGAGGACUAAUGUGUCGACAAUAUUUGAGACUUUGGACAGAGUUUAUAACUUGGACUGGUUGAGCAGUGCCUCGAAAAAUGAGUGCACAGCUGCAGUUGGCUUGAAGUGGAUGCUUAAUCAGGGACUGAUGCAGCACCAUAAACAAAUAGUGGAAUACUUUAAUACUCGGGGUGUUUCUGCUAUUUUUCUCUUUCGAAGGAAUCUUUUGCGGAGGAUGAUUUCAAUACUAGCAAAUUCUUAUGAUCGGGAUGCUAAGCUACUGAAUGGAACCCACAAGUCUCAUGUUCAUUCGCCACAUGAGGCUGAGAUACUUGCUAGUUACAAGCCUGUAAUCAAUGCAACAUUGCUCAUCCCAAAUAUAAGGCAGGUUGAAGAGACAACUAAAAAAGCUUUGGAGUACUUCAAAAGCAUCCGGCAUAUCAUACUUUACUACGAGGAUGUAGUUAAGAACCGCACUAAAUUAGAUGAGGUUCAAGAAUUCCUAAAGGUUCCAAAGAUGGAGUUAAGGAGUCGACAGGUAAAGAUACACAAGGGAUCGUUAUCGAAUCACAUCCAGAACUGGAACGAUGUAGAGAAAGCACUCAACGGAACACAUUACGAAAGUUACCUAUAUGGAGAUUACAGGAGGUAAAACAUCAGCAUGAUGUACAUUCUAUUCUUGACCCUUUUUUCCCUCUCUUUUUCGGUUUCAAUCUCGAAAUGACAGGAGCCAACAGGGGGGUUCUUGGAAUUUUGGCCAUAUUGUUUCAACUUUGCUUCACACGGACUAUUCUAUUCAUUCUUUGCCCUCUCAACACAUCAACUCUGCUGUAUGUUUUCAAUCAAAGGGGAAAAAAAGUGCCUUUAUUCUUGCAAUGUAUAUGUUGAUAAUGCUAUCUGUUAUUUGUUUAGAGUAUUAUCCAUUAUGGAUUUGGUAAACAAAUAAGAAUUUGGAAACACGUAAUAAACGCCCUGACAUUCAAUUUUCA